CGCGGACAUCUGACUGGUCAGUCGGCGAGUCUUGUGGUCACCAGUUUUCCGACGCAUAUGAAGCAGUUGCCCGCAGCUAGAAUUGUCCUAGGAUUUUUAAGUAAAGAGAAGUAGACGUAUAUACAUCGGACCCACCUGUCUGUCUUCACUGCACCUGACCGCACAACAAUGCUCCGCGAUCCAGACAACUCGCCUGCUUUGCACCGACUUUAUCCGGCGACGCUGCAGGGACAACUUUAGUCUCGACGCCCACACCGGUUAUUCCUCACCUUCCCUCAGGUGCAGCACCUCCACAGGUGGAGCAGCUCCUGGUUCCUCUGCCCUCGGCUCCUGGUUCCUCUGCCCUGUUCUUCGUCCUCGUCGUCUCGAUCCGACUGUUCUCCACGGCACCAUGGCAGUCAGGCCAGCGCUGGAGGCAGGGCCCACAGAGGGGAUGCUGGGAGAGCUGGCUCAGCCAAUGGGAAUACCGCGUCGCACGCUCAGCUACGACGACGCCCUGGACAUGCCCAUGAUGUCCCCGCCGGACGACAUGAGCUUCAACAUGCUGUGGAAGAGACCCGUGAUCCCGGAGAAAAAGUCACGCUGCCUCUCGGAGGGGGAUGACGGUGGGAUCACCUUUACAGCUUUACCCCCAAAACCUGAAGCCCCCGUGGUCAAGGCCAAAGCAUCGUCCCUCAUCUUAAACAUGAUGAGCAAGCACGCCCAGGACAGCAUACAGAGGUUCGAGCAGCAUGCCGGGCUGUCACGCGCCCUGCACAAGGGGCUGAGCGCGGAGGAAACCCGCUACAACUGCAUGGCAGAGGCGCUACACGUGAGUAUGGAGAAGCUGAAGAUGCCGAGCGGGGACUUUGGGGAGGAGAAGCAGAGAUCAUCCGUGCAGUCCACGCCCAGCGCCACGCCCAGCGCCACGCCCAGCGCCACGCCCAGCGCCACGCCCUCCGUCACCCCCCAGGCCUCGCCCAGACCACAGCGCAGGAGCUGGCUCGGACAGAAUUCCGUGGCCUACAUUCCCAUCUCGGAGUUCGACAGCGGUGACCUCAGCUCGCUCAUGGGCGGGACGGAAGGCGGAGGAGGGGGCGGGGAGAGCUGGAGCCUCUUCAGCACGCGCCCCACGGUGUCCAAGUCCUCCACCGACCCAGAGAGCCUGUCUCUCCAGUCGUACCCGGGGGGCCAGAAGGCCGGGCCCCUGGAGCUGAUGAUGACCACGACGCGGACGGACCCCGUGGCGCUGAAGACUCCGAAGAUCGAGCUCCCGGGCCUGGAGGUGAAGAGGCUGAUGCCCCGGCCCCACAGACUGAAGCCCCGGGACAUCAACGCCCUCACGCCCUCCGGCUUCUGAUCCCAACCCCAACCCCACCCCCCUCCCCUCCCCUCCCCUCCCCUCCCCUCCACUACACUAACCAGAGCCUGACUCUGUUUUUGUUUUUUUUUUUUACUCUUAAUGGGGUCCUGCUCAACACCCCCGAUUUCCGCAAUUCCUCAAACAAUACUCAGAGGACGGCAUUUUUCUGGGGGCUUCAGGGCUCCCCCCCCCCCCCCAGCUUCGAACCUUCUAUGGUGCCAACUGCCCACUCCCGAGUCAAGCCAGGAAGGACCGGACCUCAGCUGGUUUCACGGCGUGAAUGCUGUUGUUUUUUUGUUUUGUUUUUUUUUUAGUUCCCUCUUCUCCCCACUAGAUGGCAGUGUUGUUCUCUACACUCGGGGGGGGGCUGCUUUUUUAUAUGCGCCUCCUAAUUUUUUAGUAUUGCUGAAUGGAUACUUUUCUUUCAUUUUAGUGAGAUGUGUAACAUACGCAGGAUGUGUGUCAGGGAAGAGACUUGCUUAUUUAUGAGAGAAAUUAAUCACUAAGAGAAAUGCACGCGGAACAGUUCGGCGCACUCGCCUACAUUCAGCUGGGACAUUUUAGUUUGAGCACUGUAGCUUUUCUCUCGUAACGAUAAGUUUGAGGUGAGUCGACUGAGCUAAGAGCACAGUCCUUCUGGGACAGUAUCGCUGUAAAUACUUGCGUUCACACAUCGCACAGCAACUCCUGAUGGUUUUUUUUUUUUUCCUUUGCAGAACUGUUCAUUCAUUUCUUGAUUCGCGCAGUCAAUUAGCGGCGAAUAGCUACCUACUGCUGACCUCGAUUGUUUGGCUUCUACAUUUCCCUUUUACGUAUAUUAUUCACUUCAUAAGAUUUCAUAUUAAGACUCAUCUGCCGUGUUGACGUGUGGUCUAUUUUAAAUACUAGACUGUCAGUUAUACUGCAAUAUCAUUGUAUAGCAUCAGGAAUAUAUUGUAAAUUGCAUUAAGGCAUUAAAUUGUAUAUUUGAUAUAUUUUUUAUUUAAUAUGUGCUGGUAUCUUGGAAGGAAUGCGAGUUUUGUCAUUGUGCUGUCAUUGAAAUAAAUGCUUUAAUGCGUUUUCAAACGAA